AUGGCACAAGUGGAUGUAACAAGGUGGGUUAUUCAUCCAAGUGGCUCUUAUGAAUCCGAAACUAGAAAAAGAAAAUUAAGAGAAGAGAAAAGAAGAAAAUUAAAUGAAAUCAAGAGAGCGUCACUUGUCCUUAAUGAUUCAGAUUUUAAAAAUUUUGAGCAUUGGUUGGUUACAAGCAAAGGUGUCGGAGAAUAUGAGCAAGUAUUUGAUUUCAAUUUUGAUGCCUAUACUACUAGAGGUAAGCCAGCAGUUGACUCUUCGACUUCGUAUUCAGAUAAUAUUUUUAUUGACGGUGACAAAAAUUGUAAAAUUGACACCAAGACAAUCAGUUUUUUAGAUAGAAAAUAUCAAAGUAAUAAUCAAACAAAGAUUGAAUCCGAAAAACAAAUGCACGUCAUCACUUUGAAAAAUGAACAAUUGAUAGAGGAGUGCAAAAACAUCCGCGAAAGACUUCUAGAACUUAUAAGGGAAGGUACCGGUUACAUUUUUGUUCGUGGCUGGACAGGAUACCGUGUAAAUACCAUUAUUUUAAAGUGUCACUGCAAACAAGAUAAGUGCCACCAAAUACUCAAACCUAGAUGUAAUGUAAAAAAGCAUCACGAUCCUGAUAAUUUAAAACAAUUCAAUUGCUUCUCUUCUUUUUCAGUUCAUUUUAAUGUUAAGCUUAACACGAUAAAGAUCUGUUUUUGUCACAAGUCAAAACACGAAACCUUACCCAUAACAAUCAUUCCAGCUUCCCUUAGACAGUACAUUUCAACUAACCUAUGCUUUACCGCAAGAGAAUGUUUUGAAUGUUUGAAACGAACACCAGUAUAUUUAGAGUUUACUAAGAGUUUUGAUGCAAAGGCGAUAGUCCGUAAAAUAUGGAAAGAGAUUUCAGAGUCUCAGUGGAAUUUGGACCCAGAUUCGAAAAGAAGCGCUUCUAAAAUUCUAAAGCGUUUUCAAAAUACUGGAGAUGUGGCACUUCUUCCAGUGGACAACUGUUCAGCUGAUUUGAACAUUAGUUUACAAAAAGCUAAACCUAUUGCUUUUAUUUAUGAGAGAAUUAUAUCUGAAAUUCAACAUGAUGUGACCGAAAUUGUAAUUGAUUCAACCUUCUGCUUAUCAACAGACUAUAAACAAUAUUUCGUUGUAGUUGCAAGCUUUUUUGGCAAGGGGGUGCCUGUGGGCUUUAUGGCAACCGAAACAAAUAAUGUUGACCAUCUAACAAUCCUAUGGUUUUUGAGAAGUGUUUUACAAAAACUCCCCAAAGUGAAAUGUAUCAACAGUGACUGGUCAUUAGCCGAGAUAAAAGCAAUUAAUUUGUUGAAAUGCUCGAAUCAGAUAUGCUUGUUUCAUACACUGACAGCAAUUCGGUGUAAAAGGCUUGCCUCUAAGAAAAACAUGACUGAAUCUUUGUUCCAUCAACAAUUCCAGUCUCUUUUGAAUUACGAAUGGGUUGAUGAUAAUAUUUUUGAUCCUACCAGAUAUGAGGAAAAAUACCAAGAGAAAGUCUCAGAGUAUCAAAUAAGAGAAAUUGUCAGACUUGUUAGAAUUGCAAUUUGUGAUCAUAUUUUAUUGCAUUCUGCAGGCCUUAACAAAGUAUUCCAAGAUUCGGAUAGCGAAAACGUCAAAGUUUUGAAGUUAUAUGAGUAUCAUUUGAAACAGCUUUAUGUAAUUACUGUCCAAAAGUUUUCUUUGCCAUGUUAUUUUUGUUACCUUUUCAAUCAAUAUUACAACUUCACUUCAUUCCAGAUUAUGAGCAGAGUAGGAAAGCCAACUUUCUUUUCAGUGCUAAGAACAUCUAUGAUGUGUGAAAGUUACUUUAACCAACUUAAAUCGUGGAAUUUAUCAGGUUCUAGAAACUAUAGAUUUGAUACGCUCAUUUACAUUUUGCUCAAUAAAGAAGUAGCGAAAAUUAAGGAAAGUAUACGAAUAACAAAAAAAUUUGAAAAAGAGUACGAUAGCAAUUGUUUGGUUCAGAACCACAGGAAACAUUUACCAACAUGGAGAAAACAAUGGAUCAUAGAGUGGAAAAAUAUUCUUCAAGAACUCAAUUGUUUACAAGAAAAGGACGUUUUCAACGAAUGCCAGCAAUACGGGACUAAUAUGACUACCUGGAUUUGUGGGUGUAAUGAUGCAAAGGUCAGCCCAUCAUCGACUUGUAUUCAUCUUGUGAGUUUAUAUAAGCAGAAAUUCCCCUUUUAUCAUGGGUAUACUUUGCAAAGAUUUGGAAAACGAAAUAACGGAGUUCCUUUAGUACAACAUGAAUCUCUACAAAGUGAUACUAAGAUUGAGAGUACAGAAAAUAUGAGCUUUGAAAUUUCCGACGUGACCAUUAACGGUGUUUGCAAUACUACGAAACAAAUGUCCGAUGCUAACUGUAGGAAACUUGAUUAUGAGACUGAAAUUGAUAUGAUUUCCGAAAACAAGCAUUCCGAGAUUGACGAUGAGAGUGAGGGAAAACUUAGAAUAUUUAACUUCUUUCUAGCCGAUGAAGAAACUAGAUUACUUAUCACUCAGUGUCCAUCUUUCAAGAGUAUUAUAGAAGAAAUGACAUAUAUCAAGCAACGUACGCAGUCAGAACCUCAAUGGAAAGCUAAAACCAAUAAACCAGAAAAAGGAUUCAAGUACGAUUCAUGGAUAAGAUGCUUGAAAUAUUAUCAAUGUUAUGCUGACGUUAAAGCUAACGGUAACUUUCCGCUGCCGUUCUAA